AUGCUGACUUUAGCGUUAUUUUGUAUAACGUUCGCGCUAUGUUGGACAUGGUGGCAUCGAAACACAAAGUCUGAACUGGAACCACCCGCCCAUCCUAAAGCAUUGCCGCUCAUUGGACAUGCACAUCUUCUGAUGGGAAGUAGUAUUUCUCUGUGGAAUACUGUAAAAGAAAUGGCCCAUAAUAGCUUAAGAGCGGGUGGUGUAACAACAAUAUAUAUUGGACCUCGGACCGCAUACGUGUUAACAGAUCCCGAAGACAGCUUGACUGUCGCUAAUGCUUGUUUACAGAAGGACAUUAUAUAUGAAUUUGCUAAACCCUGGUUAGGGGAAGGUCUAUUAACCGGAAAAGAAUCAAUAUGGAAGCGUCAUCGAAAACUUUUAAACCCAGCUUUUAGUCAGCUAGUGUUGGAUGGAUUUCAGAGGGUUUUUAACAGCCAGGCCAGACGCCUUGUUAAGGAUUUAGAAGUGGAGGUAGGAAAGGGCCCCUUCAACCAUUUAGUUUACCUUCGAAGUAAUGCCCUGGAAACUAUUUGUUUGACUACCAUGGGAGUAGAUUUCGGCAAAAAAAGCGUUCUUAACAGUCAAUACGAACACGCGAUAGAUCAGAUCUUCAGCAUUAUGAUAGAAAGAUUUCAAAAGUUUUGGCUGCACAGUGACUUUAUGUACGGCUGGUCUUUUUUAAAGAAGAAGGAAGAUCAGUGCAUAAAAAUAUUGCACAAUAUGUCUAAUAAGGUAUUGCAAGCACGGAAGGAAGCGUACUUAAAUAAUAAGAAAAAUGGAUUAGAAUCACCAAGUGGUACCAAAUUUAAAGCCUUCUUAGACCUUCUUUUAGAAUUAUCGAUUGAAACGGGAACUUUGAAUGAAUUGGAAAUAAGAGAGGAAGUAGAUACAAUGAUUGCCGCUGGACAUGAGACUACGGCGAACGUACUUAUGUUAACAUUAGUAUUAAUAGGAUCUUAUCCAAAGGUACAAGAGCGGAUAUUUGAAGAGUUACACCAUGUCUUCGGAGGGGACGACACGGACGUCACUAAACAAGAUUUAUCUCGCUUAGUGUAUUUAGAAGCAGUUUUGAAGGAAUCCAUGCGCAUAUAUCCAAUAGUUCCGGUGACAGUAAGAAUACUUGAUAAAGAUGUAAAGCUAAAGAAUUAUACAUUAAUGUCUGGGCGAACAUGUUUUGUAAUUAUUUAUGGUAUCCACCGUCAUCCAAUGUGGGGAGAUGAUGCCGAAGAGUUCAAACCAGAACGAUGGCUAGAUACCACAACUUUACCUUCAUGCCCUACUGCUUUUGCUGCUUUUAAUAUGGGAAGGAGGGUUUGUAUCGGUAAAUCAUUCGCUUUUAUGUCGAUGAAGACUACACUAGCCCACGUACUACGGCAUUAUCGCGUGAAAGGAGAUCACACCAAGAUGGAAAUGAAGCUCGAUGUGGUGCUAAAAUCCGUAUAUGGACACCACAUUUCUUUAGGGAGGAGAACGUGA